GGCGCCUGCUUCUAGUCCGGCCGCGCGUAGUGAAAGUCCCCGCAGUUCAGCCACCCGCUUGCUGGGACAGGUUUGGUGCCUUGCUCCUGCUGUGAUCCACGCACUGGAACAAGUGCAGAUAAGUUAUGUGUUACCAGAAGUAUUUCCUUGCAUAGAGCAUUUAUCUGACAUUCUGACCUUUCAAGACUACUGACUUGUGGAGAUCAAAGUUGAAAAAAUGGUUGGCAUUACCCAGCUAAUGGAAGAUAAAGUAUUCAUGGCCUUUGCCUCCUAUACAACGAUUAUUCUUUCAAAAAUGAUGUUUAUGAGUACUGCAACUGCUUUCUACAGAUUGACAAGAAAGGUUUUUGUCAACCCAGAAGACUAUGCAAGCUUUGGCAAAGAAAAUGCCAAGAAUUAUUCCCGGGUCGAUGAGAGAGUAGAACGUGUACGAAGGGCCCACCUGAAUGACCUUGAGAAUAUUGUGCCAUUUCUUGGCAUUGGCCUUCUGUAUGCCUUAAGUGGUCCAGACCUCUCAACAGCCAUCCUGCACUUCAGACUCUUUGUGGGAGCACGGAUCUACCACACAAUUGCGUAUCUGUUACCCCUUCCCCAGCCGAAUCGCGCUUUGGCUUUUUUUGUGGGAUAUGGAGUUACUAUUUCAAUGGCUUACCGGUUGCUAAAGAGUAGAUUGUACCUAUGAGGAGAACCAUGCAACUCAUCAUCCAAUUGUUUUCUAAGAAUUCUGUACUUCCAAUUUACAGUGAAUACUUUUUAAGAUUUUAAGUGGGAGGGAACAGAGAAAUUAAGGUGGGGAAGCAUAGUCUGAUUAUUAACAUCACCAGUAUCCUUUAUUUGUGUAUUUGAGCUAGAAAUUUAAUGUAAUACUUACAUCUUUUGUCUUAUUCUUAAAGUACCUUGUUAUAAAUUUUGAUUGUACUUUGUAACAUUGAUUCACCAUUUCACAUUUUAAAUCUAUAAAAAGAGUGAGUGCAUAUAUGAGAAACUAUUAUUUCAAUAUUGCUGAAAUAGGCAUAUGAAAUAAAGAAUUUAAAGAAACAUUUUAUCUGA